GUCUGCACGAGGUUCAAACAAUUUCGUCCCAUUAGAAUUGAGAUGUACUAUUCUCGCACUAGCAUCCAAAUGUAUUAUCAUCAUUGCAUUUAGGCACGAUGCCGUUGUACAGACGUCACAGUGAAGUGAGAUGGAAGUGUGGAAUUAGAUUUUAGCUAUAUUACAGAAUUGGUUGACGAAUAACGCUCGGAAGACAUUAGACGUAAUCCGUUACACAGUGUCGGAUUCCGAUUCUCUCAGACCCGAUUCUGUAGCUCGACUCCCCUCUACUAACUCUACGCAAUUGUGUGCAAGACAAGCACAGACUAUGUAAUUACAACUAGCUAACUCCAAUACUGCUGCGUUGCUCUGCAAAACGCAAGAGAAUUGAAAUCCCUUAAAAUCAAUUAAAAAUCGAUGGUCAUAAAACUGCAAAAUCCUGGCCAUCGUCGGGAUUUUAUUGCGACGCAGACGUGCUGCCGAACGGGCUGUUUGAACGACGUAGCUCUGCGACGAAGGCGAAUGGAAGGUGGAAAACUGUGUAUACACUCUUGUUUGUGCCGCUAAACUAAGUUUUCCGUCAACUGUCAUUCGGAGCAUCACUGGAUACCUUUGGAAUCGUAACAUAUUUGCUGCGUAGAUAUUUGUUUCCAGUCAAAAUUUGGUGAAUAUCAGGAAUUUUCGCGACGUCAUAAUGGUAAACCCGGAGGGAAACCAGGCGCUGUACGAAAGCAACGGCCUGAUCUUCUUCAACUGCCAUCUGAUAUGUCACAUUUCGCGGGGAGAGAACGAGGAGGCGAAACGCAUCCUUGAGAGAACGAAAAGAAAGUGCUCUAUACGAAACAGCUUGGGGAGAUCGCUGCUGCAUUUCUCGGCGAGGUACGGAAACGCAGAAAUGACCAGGUACUUCGUCGACAAGGGCAUCGAGGUGGACGCGCGCGACAGAUACGGCGUUACCCCGCUGGCGCUGGCCGUGCAGUACUGCCACGUCGAGACGGUCGAGACACUGCUGAAGGCGAAUGCCGACAUUUAUAAAACGGAGCACGGGCCGUGCAUGCUGCAAAUUGCCUACAACUAUUUCGUGGACAGCGUGGACCCGACGAAAUAUCUACGCAUAGUGAAGCUGUUCGCCGAUAUCGUUCGCCGGGACUUCGGCAGGAUCAAGUUAGGAAUGGCCCACAGACUGAUGAAGGCCGGCAUCUCGCUUUACCUUGCCAUCCUGAUCUUGAAGAACAAGAAGAUCAUGGAUAUAUACCUGAGGAAUGGCUACCACGCGGACAGCUACGACUCGCACUGCAAGCGUACGGGCAUGCACGCGGCCGUCGAGGUGAGGAGCUUAGUGAUCGCGCGCCUGUUGCUGGAGGCGGGCGCGGACGUGGACGCCUUGGACUCGACGGGACGAUCCCCGCUUUGCUACUACAAGAGGCGCGACCGGGACGACGACAACUACGAGCUGCUGCAGCUCCUGCUUAAUUACGGGGCCUCGCUGUCCCUGCAGCCGGUCAACACGGCGUACAGCUCGCCGAUGGAAUACUUGAUGAGCAACGGCAGUACCAGAGGGCUGAUCCUGGUGCUACGACUGGACGUCGAUUUGUACCACAGGUACAGGCAAGACAGGACGCCCAUACACUUCUUGGCCAGGAAUGCGUACCCGGGCGUGGUCAAUCUGCUCGAGGGUCAGCGAUUCGACGUGAACGCGCGCGACCAGGACGGCUACACCCCCCUCAUGAUCGCCUGUGACAAGAGCGUCAAUUUCAAUACCGUGGAAUUCUUCCUGAACCACGGCGCCGAGGUGAACGCCGAGUCGAUCAACGGCGAGACGGCCCUCGUUUGCGCCAUCAUCCGCGCGAUGCGCAAGCGCGACCUGGCCCAGAUAAGCAUCGACAUUUGCCAGUUGCUGCUGGAGCGAGGUGCCAAAAUUCAGCAAGUGUUUCGGCAAUACGACAAGGAAAGCAAGCAGAUGAAUUAUAGCAUGACUGUGUUUGAACUGCUCGUCGAUUGCAACCACUUGGUGCCCAUUUCGGACAUGCUCAUUUCUCGGCUGGCGUUGAAAAAUGCGAUAGGUGAACCUAUUGCGCUCCUCGUUCUUUGGAAAAUUCAGUCCAAAGAAUAUAUGCGCGAAUACCUGAACGCUUGCAACUUUCAGAUCGCAAAGAUGAAAGACACCUGGAUCAAUGAAUCCUUGUCGUUAUUCCAGCUGAUAUCCGACGAUGAGAAUCACCUAAGGGUUAACUAUACCAAUCAUCCGCAGUUUAUGACUGACGUCGCAACUAAUCUGCCACGAAAGAUUCUACGCGAAUAUUCCUAUUACGCCGACCUUAUAACGACGAAGUUUCGAAAAUUUCAAAUCGAUCUCGGACUAUUUGAUUGACAGUUUCACGCGUGCGAUGUAAUUUUUGAAAACUAUUUGAACUGCUUUUGCUCUGUCAUUUGUACAAUUUUUUUAUAAUAAAACUUGAUCAACUGGGCGUUAUCGUGCAUCUAAUACACGUUUCUUUUCAAUCACUAUACUAUUUUUGUUUUAAUAAUCAGUAAAACAUGAAAAUAGUUUUGACAAGCAGAAACAAACGAGUUGUGGUUUUGCGUAGCUGAUAAUAAUUUCUUAAAGUAAUUAAUCGCUUCGAUAAAUAACAAGUGUCCAUAUUUGAACCACACCGUACCUUCCAACAAAAUAAUUUCUUAUUAGCUUUUAUCAAUUUAUAUUUUAGUCGUGACUCAACACAUUCACAUAUUAACAUCAACCGUCAAUCGAAAUUAUAUUUCUACCCAUCAGCAACAACUCUGUUCUCUCUUUCUUUCUCUUCCAUCGUUAUAUAUAUUUGCUAUGCCUCGGUUGCUCUUUACAAAUUAUUUUUAUUCGCAAUAUUUUAAAGACCAUAAUUUCGAAGCUGCAAAUCAAGAAUUAAUUAUGUCAAAGAAAUUACUUUUGGUAGGUUUUCAAGAUAUAAUAUUUGCGAUUUUAUCAAACGUCAUUGGAUCUUUACUAAACUAGCGUCAUUUCGUUCAUUCGUUGUUUUUCUGCUAUUUAUUACAUCAUUUGUGUCAUACAGUCAUAACUUCACCUAAUAGUAGUGCAUUUCUAUGGCCUUAGUAAUACAUUUCAAUGUCGUAUGUUCUUUUGUUACCUUGUUGAAAAAAAACCGUGAAUAUUCUUCAAAUUUUAUAUUCUGACAAUUAAUUUCGGUUUCCUUCAUGCCUAUCACUUUACUAUGUAAACAGAAAUAAACAUGACUUCCUCUAUUUUAUUGCAUCCUCUUUUUCUCACCUCCAAUCACAUGUUCGGAUGACACUUUUAAUUUCACAGAUGAUAAUCGAACGAUCUAUUUGUACUAAUUAUUCCAUAUAAUUCAAUCAGCGUAACAGUCGUCAGCUUUGUAAAAUUGCUAUGAUGGUUGAGAGAGUCGUGGUGCCCGAAAGUCAGUUGAAGAUAUGAUUUCGUAUUAAUCCGAAGAUUGUAAUUGUAUGGAACUAGGAUAAAUAAGAAUAUUAAAGUUUAUUGUCAUGACAUAUGCCACUUAAUCGGCUUUAAUGGCUGUAACCCUGUUACGGCGUAGUUGCACUUCGUAAGCCGGAAAAGCCGAGUGAGAUUAUUGGAGAUGAGCAGUAUUAAUCGGAUGGUAGGAACGCCGCGGGAAAAUAAACAGGGCUCUCGGAAUAUUGAAAAUAUUGGCAGAAGUGCACAACAACAGGGGGUGGAGAAAGUGUGCGAGAGAGAGGGCGAAAGGGACGGAGUGGGGGGAGCAAGGAUCCCAGCUCAUGCGGCCGGAACUAUAUUUGGGGCCAGUGUCGUGUCGCUUCUCGACGACCAACGUCUCAGUCUCCGCGACUUCUCUGCAUCAGGUGACAUUGGGCUCUGACCUCAAGAUGUCCUUUCUUCUUGGACGACAGCACCCUUCGACGACUUGACUGAAUACAGAAGCAUCUGGAAGCGGGACUACAAGAUGCUAGCAAACUUGAGGGAAGCCGUGUUGCCGGGCGACGGACAGCUGGUGCUGUUCAUUCUAGUCAACGGCGCGCCUCGCUUGGACUGUCCGGAGUGAAGCAGGAUCCUAUGGCGGGCCAUACGGGACGACCAGAUCGAGAUCGCCGGGACGCUGGACCUCGCCGACGUUGAUCUGCACGAGCGCAAAGCUAACUUUCCGGUGGGGCACAGCUCCUUGCACGAGCUGGGCUCAAGGUCCGAACCGCGACAUCGAAGGCUGGCCGAGCUUAUGAUCGACCAGGGUGCUGACGUUAAAGCCAUGACCGAGCUCGCGGAUAGCGUGCUGCUGCUCGUACUCCGCGCGCGCCACUCGGGCAUCAACCUGGUGGAGAAGCUGAUGAGUUGUGGCGCCUGUAUCUGCCACCAGGAGUUUGCGACGGUUACCAAGCACCCGCUGGCCAAUCAUCUGCUGCCACUGUGCGUUGAGGCCGGCGAGCCCGACGAGUCGACCCGCGAGGACCGUAUCUUCACGGCGAUCCGCUUCGCCAUCUGGAACUGUGGCUACGAACCCGAAAUCCUGCCAGCCGCCGAGUACCUGCUGAGUCUGCUGCGUCACGAGCGUCCCAGCGGGCGCAGAGCGCUUAUGCUCUUCGAUGCCAUUCGCGCCGACAAGCCUAGAAUGGUCGGAUUGUUGUUGUGGCAUGGCUUCGACGAGGCGGUGCGCGCCAGGCGCCGCUGCUAUCCCAGCUGCACAACGCCUGCGAGAGCGGCGUCAGUCUCGAGAUCAUCGAUUUGUUGGUGCGCCGAGGCGCUGACUUAAAUGCUAUCAACGACGACUGCGAUUUGCUGCUGACAUUGCUCAAGCCCGGGGACGAGCUCGACGACAAAUACGAGUUCGCAGUGGGGCGUGCUGGCGAUUUCCGUGGCCAAGGGCGCUCGGCUGAAAGGCGUGGAUCGCUGACUUUUCAACAGUUUCCCUCUGGAUUCGAUGCACACUCUCUUCUAGGGUGUCUGUGCGAGCUGGAGGACAGCAAGCUGUUAAAUUUCGUCAACGGCAUCGGUUUCUUCUCCAACGUCGCUUGCCAGCACAAGCGCCUGUCCUUUCUCGCGAGGAAUCAGCACUUCGUGAGGGAUUUCAAGGACUCCGUGGUGGAGCCGAUUUCACGAUUUAUCGCGGCGAGUUGCAGGAGGUACUCCAGGCUGCACAAGACCACGGUGACUCCCUAUGGGAGAAGGAAACAGCAGUGCACGAAGCGCUCGACGGCUACAUGCCGUGCCUUGCUCUCGAAAUCAUAUGUCAACAUUUUUAUACCAGCGAGGUCUGAGCGCUGGGACGAAUGUGGGAUGGAGAGCCAUCUUUUCCUUCCGACGUUCGGGUGGCAGCUUGAUUAAUCAACACCUCAUUGCUGAAAUUUAAUGUAAUGUAUCGCAUAGUAAAUUGAUGUUUUUGACCGACCUUUCGUAAUCCUGUCAAUAGUUAACUGCUAGUAAUUGUAACUAGUGUCAAUAUAAAUAAUGUGCGUCGAUAUUUAUAAUCCAACAGUUGCGUUCAACUCUUAAAUGUAAUUAUUCGGUUUGAUGUGCUUUUUCUUUGUUACUAAUCUAUGGACAAACGACUUAUUACAUACAAUAUACUUGCGAGUGACGCGUACGUAACAUUGAUACGUACAGAUUUUCAAUUCAAUUUGUAAUUUUUAUUUUAAUAAAGUAACCAAACGUCA